AUCGUUUCCUCGGCAGAAAGACCUUUCACUUCUUUCGCCCCCGGGGGUAUUCCCCGGCGAGACCCCAUUCGGCGCCCCAGCCGACCCUGAGAGGCGGAACGGGACGAGCGGCGCAGCCAGAGUGACGGCACACCCGAGGCCGCCGCGCCGGACGGGACGUCACUUCCGGGACGCUUCCUCGCGGGGCCUUGUGGGUAGCCGGCCGGGGUCUCCUGGCGACGAUGAUGGCGGGGGAUGUGGGCGGUCGCAGCUGCCCCGAUUCGGAGCUGUUGCUGCACCCGGAGCUGCUGUCCCAGGAGUUCCUUCUUCUCACCUUGGAGCAGAAGAACAUAACUGUUGAAAAUGACAUGAGAGUAAACAAAGACAGUCUGACCGAUCUUUAUGUUCAGCAUGCAAUACCACUGCCUCAGAGAGAUUUGCCAAAGAAUAGAUGGGGGAAGGUGAUGGAAAAGAAAAGAGACCAACAUGAGAUAAAAAAUGAGACGAAAAGGAGUAGCACUGCAGACGGGUUUCGGAAAAGACCCCUCAUCGUGUUUGACGGGAGUUCAACAAGUACAAGCAUAAAAGUGAAGAAGACGGAGAACGGAGACAAUGACCGACUCAAGUCCCGGCCUCAGGCCGGUGCUACCAGUAAUGCCUUUCGAAAAUUGUCAGAUUCCUCUUCAGGUGUUUCACCCCUAAUUUUGUCUUCCAAUUUGCCUACGAACAAUAGAAUGGAACACAGUAAUAAUGACACUAAACAGAACCAUGACUUAACGCAUAGGAAAAGUCCUUCCGGCCCUGUGAAGUCGCCGCCUCUGUCGCCUGUAGGCAGUACUCCGGUGAAGUUAAAGCGCGCUGCUCCCAGGGAGGAGGCCGAGGCCGAGGCCGCGAAUAACCUGAAGCCCCCAGAAGCAAAGAGGAAGAUACAGCAUGUUACAUGGCCGUGAAGGAAAGUUUCCAAAAACGUGUGAUGCCAUUUCAGUCGACACCCACCCAGCCCGCCAGAGUGAUGAGUGGCACCCGCAGGAAAGUGUUAUUCGUCCUCAGAACCUGAAUGCUGCAUCACCACUUCACACACUGCGCCUGGCAAAAGAUUUGGCUCUGGGUAACUUUAUUGUAAGCCAUAUAAUCUUGCUUCGGGCCCUGCACGACAGGAAGUUACACUGUUGUAAAUACCAACUCUUCAUUACCGUACGUAGCUUGGAAAUGUUCAAGUUCGUGACACAUUAAUUGCACUUAAAAAUUAAAUAUGCAGUGAAAGAAAAGCGUUUAUAAAGGUAUCACUCAAAAGGAUUUUUACACUUUGAUUGGCCUCGCCUGAUUACAGAAACUCAAAACCCUCUUCCCGCCUCAGGCUUCCAUGGCUUUUCUCCUUCUCUAACAGAAUGAGCGCAAAGGGUAGAUGAAGGG